GGUGCAAAACCCAGUCAGUGCAGCACUCUGGCCUUCUUUCCAUUUCUGCUUGCUUUGAAGAGAGUUUGAAGUAUCACAGUGACAAUGCUGCUGUAUUCCUUGCUGGAAUAUCUGGAUAUAAAAAGCUGCAUUCUCUUCCUCUUUGUGUUUCUGUUGAUUAUUGACAUCAUGACAAAUAAUAAUUUAAAGAAUUUUCCUCCAGGUCCCAAGCCUUUUCCCUUGCUGGGAAAUGUUUUCACUGCUGUGGACAUCAGUGAAAUUGAUAAGCUUGCUGAAAAAUAUGGCCCUGUCUUCAGUUUGUGGAGGGGAAGAGAAAAUACAGUUUUUGUGUCCGGUUACAAAAUGGUCAAGGAAGCUCUAGUAAACCAAGGAGAAAAUUUUGCAGACCGCCCUGUAGUUCCUUUGUUUGACAAAGUCUACCAAGGCCUCGGCCUGGCGUUAACCAACGGGUACCAAUGGAAAAAACAUAGAAGGUUUGCCCUUACAACCUUAAAGAACUUUGGCAUGGGCAAGAAUACUCUGGAGUCGUUCAUCCUUGAGGAGAACAGAUUCCUUUACAAGGCCUUCAAGGAAGAGCAUGGAAGACCUUUUGACCCCCACUUCUUAUUGAACAGCGCCAUUUCCAAUGUCAUAUGCUCUAUGGUGUUUGGGCACCGUUUUGAGUACAAUGACCCAAGGUUUCAAGAUAUUCUGCGAAGGACUGAUGAGACUUUCCUCCUGAUAGGCUCAUUAAGAGCCCAGCUCUACAAUGUCUGCCCCAGUAUAAUGAAGUUUUUACCUGGACCUCACCAGACUGUUUUUUCAAACUAUAAGAAAGUCAAAGCCUUCCUGAAGGAAGAGAUCGAAAAUCACAGGAAGAACUGGGACCCCUCCAAUUCUCGUGAUUUCAUUGAUACCUACUUUGAAGAGAUGGAAAAGAAAAAGGAUGACAUUCCAGCAGGAUUCCAUGAGACAAAUCUGGUCAUAUGUACUCUGGACCUGUUAGAAGCGGGGACAGAGACCUCUGCGACAACUCUGCGCUGGAGCCUCCUCUACAUGGUCAAAUACCCAGAAAUUCAAAAGAAGGUCCAGGCUGAGAUAGACAGAGUGAUCGGAAAGGAACGGCAACCUUCAAUGGCAGACAGAGUGCAUCUUCCCUACACUGAUGCUGUGAUCCAUGAGGUCCAGAGGAUGGGCAAUAUUGUUCCCCUGAAUGUGCCCAGGAUGACCACUAAAGACACUACACUGGGAGGUUAUUUUAUUUCUAAGGGUACAGCAGUGAUAACCAAUAUAUCCUCAGUGCUUUUUGACAAAAAUGAGUGGGAAACACCCGACACAUUUAAUCCCAAGCACUUCCUGGACUCCUAUGGAAAAUUUCGGAAAAGAGAUGCUUUUCUUCCAUUUUCAGCAGGAAAGAGGGUGUGUCUGGGGGAGCAGCUAGCUCGGAUGGAGCUGUUUAUGUUCUUCACUUCAUUUCUGCAACAGUUCACCUUCUGUGCUCCUCAGGGGGUAGAUGUCAGUUUGGAGGCUCAAAUGGGAUUCACUCUGUCUCCACGACCCUUUAAAAUAUGUGCCAUCCCUCGAUAAGUCAAUUAAUUAUUCGUCUGGAGGACAACAUCUGGGAACCAAUCUAAAUGGAAAAACAUAAAAUAUGGAGCCUAAUUAAAUAGAAGACAGCUCAUGUUUUUGUGCUACUUUCUAAAUGUAAAUCUUUCAAUCAUUAGGGAUCUUUAAAAAUGUUUUAUGAAAAGCACUAUUUAGACAUACUUACUGAAUUCUUAGUUUUUGUAGUAAAUGAAUAAUUAGAACAUGAAUAUACAGAAUUAUUUGUCUUGCAAUGUUGCAUGUGUAGUUACAACCUCUUACAUUUAAUUGCUAUAAUAUUUCCAUGAAAAUUAAUAAAUAUGUAUCUUCUGAA